GUUCCAAACAGCGCAUUUAAUAGUAUGGGAAAUGCAUUAAAACAGUCUGUCACUGUAUUUACCAAGCUGCACAUGGUCGUGAUCGGCCUUUUAAACUUAUCCGCGCGCUCUGAGCCGAUUCUGCUGAAUGAAAUGUCCCUUUUGAUCUGGGCGCUGCAUGGUGGUGACGGUUUACUCAGUUUACUUACUACUGGUCUGUGGUGGCUAUCGAAGGGGACUAAAUACGAGCACACAUUACAUACACCUCCAGCUCCAGUAGCGAUUAGUCAGUUGGGAUUGUUGGUUGGUUAGUGUCAUCGAGACCGCCGUUCACCAGAAACAUUUGUCCGUCGUACCGCAGUUAGUCAACAGUGACAGUCAUCAUCCAGGCAGUGUUUCGACGAGCGUGUACGAAGAAAUCGUGUCGUCACCGUCAGCGUCAGUAUAAAGCCGGGUUGAAUCGUACUGUCCGUCGCGAGGGGAAACGCCUGCCUGGAUACGCUACAUGUGUGCUAGUCUGAUUGGGGAUAUUUGUGGUGACUACCGACGAUGAGCGCGCGCAGCUCAGUUCACUGCGAUCGGUUAUCAUGUGAAGAAGAAAACAGGACUGGAUGCCAGCGGCCACGAGCCUAGUUCUGUAAAGUGGUGUUAUUUUUAAGCAAUAUUGUGAAUAGCUGGAAAACGUGCCAAAGCGGAUCUCGACUCGAUCCUUUUCUCUCUAAUGAAUUAAGUGCAGUGAUCAAGCCAAAGAAAAUCUGCAACCAUGGUAGUGUACUCACACAAUAUGUCGAUAUUCGCAACAAUCAGCGCCGGACUGGUGUUUGUGUUCGGAAUCAUAGGCAAUCUUCUCACCGUAAUAGCCCUCCUGAAAUAUCAAAAACUACGGAAGCAUCCGACGACGGUGUUUGUUCUUUCGCUUGCCGUAUCAGAUCUCUUCUUCUGUGCAGUCAAUAUGCCGCUUACAGCAAUUCGGUUCCUUAAUCAGCAAUGGACACUGGGCGAGGGAUUGUGCAAAGUGUUUCCCGUGUUUUUCUACGGUAAUGUGGCAGUGUCAGUUCUCAGUAUGGUUGGUCUUACCAUCAAUCGGUACACACUGAUACUUCAUCCUAGUCGGUAUUCUAAGAUUUAUACUCCAAUCAGUUUAUUCUUUCAAUUACUUUUGAUUUGGGGCUUUUCUUUCGGAAUAAUGCUUCUUCCACUGUUCGAAGUUUGGGGUCGAUUAGGCCUAGACGAAGAAACAUUCUCCUGCACCAUUCUUAAGAAAAACGACAGCUCGCCAAAGAAGUUCAUAUUUUUGUUUGGUGUUCUGGUUCCGUGUAUCGUAAUAUCUGUUUCCUACUCUUGUAUAUUCUACACCGUGCACAAACAAAGAUCCAAACUGAAAGCACACAAUGCCAACGCAUCAGGAAGGAUCGAGUCAUUUUUCCGCAACAAGGAAGAUUGUCGGUUAACGCUGACAUUGCUGACGAUAUAUCUUUGCUUUCUAAUAUGCUUCUUGCCACUGAUGCUUGCAAAUGUCAUCGACGACGAUGGGUCACAUGCAAAUCUACACGUGUUCGCCUCUGUACUUGCUUGGAUGUCUGCAGUUAUCAAUCCAUUUAUCUACGCUAUUGGAAGCCAGAAUUAUCGCCACGCUUAUACCAAACUUCUUUCGGAAAUGUGCUUCUGGAAGACAAAUGUUGAAUUGCGAUCAUUUGAUGAGAUAAACAAAUCUCGAACGAUAGAUCAUUUAUAGCAGCAUAUAAUGGUGAUAAUUUAUUCCGCGAAUAAAAGACUUAGCUUUAUCAUAGAUAACGUGACUACUAUAGUACAUGCAUGCAAGUUUUGGCAUACGGAACAAUGAAGAAAGUCCCCUACCAUUCCAUCUUGCAUUCCAUUUUAUUUUGCGUUAAAACAAGUUAUGUAUAAUUUAGUUUCUACCUAUCAUGCUGGUUGGAACAACGAUUGGAUUGCUGACUUUAAUAAGAAUUGAUAAAUUUGUACGAAAUACUCAAUUAAAACUGGGAUUCACGAA